GAUGACAGGUAGCAAUUAAAUCUUCAUCUGGCAGGGCUGAUUCCUAGCAGCUAGCAUUGAGAUCUCCAUGAAGGCCUGCUAGGUGUUCUUCUUACCUUUGAGCGUGAGCGAGCCACAAGGUUUUUUUUUGGAGCGAUAUCGAGUUGGGACGAAGGCUCCUUAUUGCAGGAAGAUGACCAGAAAUUGAGAUCUUAAAUUUCCCGAGAGACAGAGAUCGCGACGAAACAAGAGUGCGGUCAUCAUUUCCAGGCGCUGCAAGAUCGCCGCUCAACAUCUUACAUAAUUUUGAACUUUUCUCUUGAGCCAAAAGAGCUCCGUGCUUUUUUCAUUGAAACUCUCUCUUCAUCCUUAUCCUUUUCUUGUUUACAGAAAGUGUUAGUGUGGCGACCAAUAAACGCCGCUGGAGAGAUGAGUAAAUUUAUUUAGAUCGAUUAUACUAGCGACCUGUAGAACUAGAACAGAAUACCAAGACUGUUGAGCAUUUUUUUACUGUAACACGACGGUACCAAAAGCAAAAUAACUCCUGGUGAUUGUUGGCCUCGCUCAGCCUCUAUUAACUGGCGGGCACUACUUAAUAAGUAGUGCUAGCUUGUCUCCCCGCCCCUCAUCUCUUCUUCAGAUCCUCGCAUAGAAAAUUCAGCGUUGGCGUCACGGCCCAGACACCGUAUCUUCACCAUGCCUAAAAUGAAAGCAGCAGCCACGGCUGGUGCCAGGAGCAGCACUGCAACAAGCAACAAGCCAGCUGCGAUGAAGAAACUACCUACCAAGAAGUCUGCUGACGAUGGCAAGAAGAAACCCAGCAAGCCGGCCGCGAAAGCGAAAUCGCAGAAGGCCGCCAAAAAUUCGAAAGUCGCUCCAUCUUGUAGCUCAUCUUCCGGGAAAAUAGAAAUGGCGCAGCAACGAGGCCGCGGUAAGCAGACGAGCAAAUCAGCUGCCGGCGCAGAAGGAGGUGGUGGUCCUGCUGCAUCAGCCUCGUCUAGUAGCUCGUCUUCAUCUUCCUCUACUUCCAACAACAAAAAUAACCUAGCUGGAAAUUUUUCUGUUGCAGGAGCCGCACCGGCAGCAUUGCCCCGCCCCAAAAUCGUGAACACCAAUCCAACGAAGAACGAGCGAUUUUCCCUGGAGCUCUCCGUUCCGAAAUGGAAAAACCAGAAAUGCGCGACUUGUUGCACGAAGCUCGGGGAGAAAACCGUUUGCCUCAUCUAUUUUGACGAACGAAGCUACUUUAUGUAUUGCAAAUAUGUCUGGGUCUGGUGGAAGGAUGCAACUUUUGAUGCCGCAGUUGCAUACUUCUAAAAUCUGCAUUGCACGAGCAGCAAAAUAAGAGGGCCAGUUUUUGCCACGGCGAGAGGGCGUUUCUCAUGCGGUCUAGACAUCAGGAAGCCCUCGCAAAGUCUGUGAUGCUAGAGCAUGCGUUUCUACAGACUUCAGGAGUCAUGAUGCAAAAUGUGAAUGACACGCCUUGCAUCCUUGCAGACCCAGACACUUUUGCAUUUGAUAUACUUCGAGGCAAAACAAAUCGACGAAGCGAAGAAGCAGGGAAAAAUCGAAAAAAAUCGAAAAGAAGCGCUUGAGAGAUUGGCGAAGAAAAAAGAGCUGAAGCAGAACAAUCCCGCGGAAUAUGAACGACGGUAGGGGUAGACUGUUGUCAAUUACAAUUUCGAAGUAGAUGCGGCUUCUGCAUGACAAUGUUCUUGGUAGAAUUUCAGCUGCAUUCUGUAUGUGGACGGUAUGAAAUUUGUAUUGCAGAACUCGCACUACAACACAACAGGUACAAGCGCGAUUUCCACUACCAAGGCUGCCCGUGCUGCGAGGCUCUGGGUAUUCCAGAACUAUCCUGUGCAAAAGUAUCGUAUUCGUAUGAAUGCAAGUCUUGCAUUACAAAUCUUUGUCUUAAGGCAAAUCUGCAUUACAAAUUUUAUUUCUCAUGCUGAGGAAAUUUGUAUUGCGAUUACUUAUAUAUUAUAUUCAUGCGAAAAAAGAGGUAGACAGAGGGUAAACAAGAGGUGGCCGAGAGGUCAAAAAGAGGUCAAAAGAGGUAAAAAAGAGGUCGACGGAGGUGGAGAGGUGGCGCGGGACCCCUUUCGAGAGGGUCGGCGAGAGGGUGCGCGAGUAUAGCCCGCUGAAGGCCCCACCUUAAGGCGGCGCCUAAGUGCCUCAGAGGGUUCAGAGAGGUCAAAAAGAGGGGGCGCGAGAGGUCGACAGAGGUCGAGAGAGGUGGCGCGAAUAAGGGCCAACCUCUCGCGCACCCUCUCGGCCACCUCUGGGCCACCUCUGUCGACCUCUACCCGCGAGUAUAGCCGGACUAUUAGCGGGGACCCCCAAAAGAGGUAAAAAAGAGGGUCUGCGAGAGGUCUGCGAGAGGGUAAAAACACAAAGUGGCAGGCGCGAAUCCGCAUGGUAGUGCUCAUAUUUAGCAUUGCAGGCUCUUCGCGGACGGCGUUUGUCCCCGCCACCCUCUCGCGCACCCUCUCGCGCCACCCUCUCGCGCCACCCUCUCGCGUCACCCUCUCGCGCCACCCUCUCGCGCCACCCUCUCGCGCUACCCUCUCGCGCACCCUCUCGCGCCACCCUCUCGCGCUACCCUCUCGCGCCGCCCUCCCACACUGAAGCCAUUGAAAAAGUGAAGCCGGGGAAUGGGGCGGGGUUCGUGGUUCGUCUUGAUUAACGAAAGGCAUGCGUACCGGAUUGGUGUGGCACCUAGGUGCGUCCUGUUCUGCCCCAGUGCUCGCGGUAGCUCCUCCCUGCGCAGAGCGCCCUUAGGCGCGAGAAGCGCGCAGACGGUGCUGUGGGGGCAUGAGUAUGUAUGUCGCUGUGGUCCGGUCCGCAAGCAGUUCAAACCCGGCCAAACAGCCUUGCGCUCCGGCGGUAGCCGGAGCAUGGCUGGUUUAUACUAGUACGAUGCUUUUGCACCUCAUAGGAACCAAAUGACGACUAUUACGGGUAUCAUGGCGAGGAUAAUUACAUGUGUGAUGAUAUCCUGAGUAAAAACGUCCCCACCCCAGAGUUGUCAUGCAAAUUUGCAUGCCAAAAAAGUUUCUCAUGCAAAGCCCCAUGAGAAGCUUUUUCUAGUCGUGUUUUGGGAUUUGUGAUGGUAGAAAUAGCAUGAUAUGCUAGAUCUGUGAUGCUGCUGAGCUAGCUACUCAGGAUCACACUACGAGGACAAACUUGUCAUGCGAAACAGCCAAAGCUGGCCGAUUUGUCUAGCAGAUUCUCCAUCUUGGCUCUGGUGUGGGGACGUUUUUCCUCAGGAUAGACGAUGCGUCCGAAGAAGAAACGGACAGCCAUAUGAGUUUGAAAAUUCCCCCUCCCCAUAUGCAAAAUAAAUUGGAAAUCUGUGAUGCGAGAUUUGCGUGCACAAUAAAUCGGAUCUGCGUAGUUGAAGAUGAUGCAGUAGGGAAGUAGAACUGCAGGUAGAUAAGCAUAAGCCUGGAUAGGCGCCGCAGGGGUCUUUUGGUCGUGUAGGCACGUAGCAGGGCAGGCGACUGGUGCUGCCCUGUAGGCCUUGCAGCGUUUUUACAAAUCGCACGUAUAUAUAAUGCGACGCCGGGUUCUCUGGCUUUGCCUUCUUGCAAGACAGACGCGCUCUGUGGCCACCUCCAGAAGGAUAUGGAUACACUUUCAACAUGGGGACGAGGGGGAAUGUUUCUUCACGAUAGGCCUUGACCGUGAAGAAAAAGAGCUCGACCUCUACGGCGCUUUCGAUGCCGAUGACUACUACUACGUCGACGCCGGCCGCGACAAGACGUAUCAAGUGCAAAAAUGUCUGGGUCUGGAAGAGUGUAGACUUGUCAUGAUGCAGAGUUUCCAUGACCCAUGAGGUCUGGAAUGCGGGACUUAGCAUGACAGACUCUGCGAGGUCUCUGCGUCUGCCUCUGCCAUGCCUAUUCUGCAUGAGAAACUCUGCUCCAAUUUGGUCAAAAGUGGGCAGCUUCUGGCACUCAUGCAACACAGAUUUUUGCAUGCUUCAGAUUUACCAUGACAAGUUGCAAUCUUCCAGACCCAGACUACACUUUUGCAAUUCACAAGACGCUGUUGCAAGCCAAGUUCCGAUCCAGCAUCCAUCUCCACGCCCUAUGAACUGCAAAAGUAUCGUACUAGUACUAGUAGUAACUGCAAUACAAAUUCGCUCAGCAUUAGAAAUGGAAUCUGUAAUGCGGAUUUACCUUAAGAAAAAGACUUGUAAUGCAUGAUUGCGAUUACUACGAGUGCGAUGCUUUUGCACAGGAUGCGCCCGGUGCCUCGCGAAUUUCCGCAAAGCGAACUGGUGGGAGGAUAAGCGGAAAUUCCUUCCGACUGCGGAAAAACUCAUCGCGGAAUAUGAGGCGAAAAAAGAACACGUUUUCGCGGACCCGAAUAGGCUCGACACGGCACUCGCAGGGGAAUUCAAGAAGGCGUGGGGAGAGAUUUUGAACCCAGAAAUACGGAUAGGAAGUGCGAAAAACAACAACUCGACGACCUCUGGUGGAGCAGCUGGGCCUUCUUCAUCAGGGAGCGCCGCCGCGGGGAGGUAUUUUAGGCUUAAAUCAGUUUCGUGAAAAUUUUAUUGUUGGCUGUGUACUGCCCUGCUCGUCUCGGUAGUUUGGAUUUUUCAGACGAGCAGGAUCGCGUGCUCAUGCAGCGCAAUACACAAAAAUCAAAUUGAAUGAAGAACGCGAUACAGUUAUUGUUAUUGAUCAUCAAGAUCACAUCCACAUAUGAACAUCACAGCACCCUCACCGCCGAAGAUCGCGGCAUCUUCACCUCCGCCCAAUACAAAACUUUCCAGCAACACCAACUGGAUUUAAAGAAGAAAAAAAUCUCGGAGUUGAGCCAGAUGGUGCGCCAGAACAACGUCAAGGGGCUUUCCAACGUGAAAAAAGAGCUGCUCGUCGAAUCGCUCGCGAUGUACAAAACCCUCGGCGGAACGUUCAAAAGCUGCCCGAAAUGCCGAAGAACCGAACAGGUAGAUUUGGACUGGAGAGCCGGAAAACUGACCUGCCGCGGCUUCAAGGUCGGCAUGACGGGGUGGCGGCACUGCGAGGGGCCGGAGGGGAUGAAGGUGAAACAACAAUGGACGGACUUGACGCUGACGCCGUGGGAUAAUGCGCUCGCGGGCCCACCGCAACCGAAAGCAAAGGCGGCGAAGAAGAACUUUUACAAUUAUUACGGCGGAGGAGGAGGCUUUGGAGGGUUCGGAGGAGGCUACGACUAUGAGCCACCGGAAUACGAUGACUAUUUUUUUUGAUUUCUGAUGAAAGAAUUUCUUUUAUUGUGGUGAGACGAACAACAGGACACAAACUAAAGGAAGUAUAGCGCAGCGCCACGCUUCGAUAUUGAAAAAUCUACUUCAUCUUUUACCUUCCAACCCGGAAUCCAUAUUCAGGCCGACAAUCACAGUUUUGCUUUCCGUUCCUCAUGAUUCCGCUGCGCUUGUGAUAGAAUAUCUAAACCACCACUUCGUCUCUAGGUGAUAAUACAGUACAAUUUUUUUUUUAUGAUUCGAGUUCGUCUCUCGUCCUUAGACCUAGAAGUCGCACUCGUGUCGUCGCUGAUUUUUUGCCUUUAACGUAAAACAACUUUUCCCUAAUUGGGCAAAGACUAACUAUUUCAUGCGAUGGACAUGGAUCUGAAACGGGACUCGGUUUCGACAAAGAAAUUUAGAUCAGAGAAGAAAAGGCAAUGUGACACAGAAAGAUGCACCUAAAUACCAAAUGAAGAACCCGUAAAUGCAAUUUUACUCGAGUGAAACGAGCGUAGGAGCUAGCUUAAAAGGGCACAGACGUUGUUGACGGGUGAGCAUUUUCUCACGCUUUCACAUUUUUUUCCGUCUAUUUUCCAAUGAAGGUGAGUAGCGCCACCUCCCUCUGAGCAUAGACGAUUUGUCACAUUUCAUUUAGACUUUCUUCCGGUCUAUGACCUGUUGGCGUAUUCUUCCUCGGAGCUCAGUCGCUCUUUAUCGAGGCCGUCAGCGACCGGUUGGACUGAGUUCACCACCAGGUCAAUCACAUUUGAUUGACAACGUGUUCGG